AUGUGGGUUCCUAAAGAAUUGAUAGAGACGGUGCUCGUUCAACGGCGUACCAUCUGCGCGUCUCUUUGUUCUCGACAUGAAGCCGAUUCGUUUUUGCAACUACUGAUUAUUGCAGAUGAGAAGCGGAAUGUAUGCAAAAAUUCUGUACAAGAAAAACAAUUGCUUUCUUUGGGAGAAGCAUCUGUUUCGAGACCUGAACCAUCACUAACAAUACAGAAGAUACUUGUUUGCGUGUGGUGGGAUACUUUUGGAAUCAUACACUAUGAAUUGCUUGAGCCUGGUCAGACUGUUACAGCUACAACGUAUUGCGAACAACUCGAACGAAUGAAACAAGAGCUAAUAAAAAAAGGAUCUGUUUUGGUCAAUGGAGAAAACAGGAUCUUUCAACAAGAUAACGCGGGGCGCAACGCUGCAGAAAUAGUACAGAAAAAAAUAACGGAGCUUGGAUUGGACCUUUUACCUUAUCCACCCUAUUCAGCAGAUCUCUUGCCGUCGAAAGGCCUUUUUUAUUUGUUAGAACUGUAG